AUGGUGCCCGGGCAGCUAGAAGUCCAGUCCGGUGAGCUGCACUAGUCCUGAGAGCCACAAGCUCAGAGAAGUAGUCCAGCAAUCCCAGAAACACCCAGCCUGACUCCUGCAGCUACAGCACAUAUUAACUCAACCUGUUAGCAGUUCAAUCAGCGAGUUGACACUAUUGACAGCCUCCUAUUUCUGUGUCUCACGCUGAACUGAGCUUGUUCAGAUCCCAGCAGCUUGUUACACCUAAACUCAGAGACGACCACAGCAGAGAUGAUGAUUGGGAUGCAGCAACACUCACACAGCUUUCUGGUCCUUUUCCUCGUGGUCUUCAUUGCUGGGAUAGUUCUCUCUGGCCCCUCAACUCCCCGCAGGAGCAGAGUGCGACGUCAGAACAUGAAAGUCCGUAUAAACGCCACAGGAGACACUAUCGUGAUGACGUUUUUGCGUCCCAACCCUGACACCAAGCUCGAGGGUUACAUCCUUGGCUACGGCAGCAGCAUGUUCUCCAAACAGUUCAUUCAGCUGCCUGAGAACGGACAGCCGUAUGAGACUGAGUUUGAUGCUGAACCCAAGUACCUUAUCGCGGUGCAGCCCAUCCCAACCAAUGAAGUGAAAAAGCACUGCACAGGUAAAGUGGAACUGCAGAAGCCGCUACACCUAGUCAUUGGGUCAGUGACCCCCACCUCAGUUAUCUUGUCUUGGGGAACCCUUCUGAAAACUCCCUAUGAAGGCAACGUCAUGAAUGACUGUCUAGAGGAUGGACACUACACAGUGCGUUAUCGUGAGAGAAACAGGAAGUGGAAUUACCAGACCUGCCCAACUAGCAACACGGUCAUUGAUAACCUGAGGCCCAACACGGUCUAUGAAUUUGGUGUCCAGCCCAACUCUAAGGAUGGCACUGGAGUGUGGAGCAAACCAGUCAUUCACAACAUCUCAGGGGGCGUUGAGGAGAAGCCCAUCAGGGAUAUCUUUAAACGUCCUGUCAACCCUGUGAAACCAUUAACGCCAGAUCCACACUCCUUCCCCUUUCCUCCUCGUCAUGUUCUCCAUAACAGGACCCAGGGCAGACUGCCUGUCUCCCGGAAAAUAACACCAAAGACAACUCUUGCUCCCACAACAACUACUAUACAGGAAUCUCUGCUGACCCCUGGACCCACCCGGCCUGUGGGCACCAAACGGCCAAUCGGAGGAGGAGACCUUUCCAGAUUUGUCUUGCCUCCUUUGAUGGAGAUCCUUUUAGCUCCCAAGCCACAUCCUCCACUACAUACAACCACCAUGGCUUCUGUACCAGUUCCCCAUACAGAUGUAGAGAAACAUCCUCUGAGACCACAUCCCCAGCCACAACCUCAUUCACAACCUUUACCAACCCCCCUGUUCGAGCCACAGUAUCAGCCACCACCACAACCAAAUCCCCUAAGACAAAAAUAUCCAAAGCGGGUGAAUACUCGUCCUCAACCACAACCCCAACCAACAUCACAGCCCAUUCUCCAGACCCAACCAAAACCUCAACCCCAACCAACAUUCCAGCCCCAAAUCCAGACCCAACCUCAUUCACAAUCCCCAUCAUCCCCAAAGCCUAAAACCACAACCCAAAUCCAGGCUGAACCACAAUCUCAAACAACACACCAGCCCAAACACCAGGACCAACCUCAAACACAUCAGCAUAGAAAGACCCUGCCUCAAGUUCAAACACCUCUCCAGCCCACACCCAUGGCACAUUCUCAAACACCUCAAACAAUACUAAAUAACAUACAGCAGAACCUACAAGCACUACCAAAACUCCAGUCCCAACCUCAACCACAAUUUCAAUCUACAACUGAGCUUCAAACCCAAACACAAUUUCAACCAAAUACCAACCCAGAGCGUCAGCCACAACCUCCACUAAAAACCAAUCCAGAGCCUCCACUAACCACCAAGCAGCAGUAUAAGGCCCAACCAACACUUAAACCAAAGAUCAUCCUUUUCCGACCCAAUCUCAAAACACAGCCUCAACCAAAGAGUCAACCCAAGCCCCAGUCACCAACAAAAAAACAGCCAAAGCCUCAAAGACACCCUGCCCAAAAACUGCCCAAACCUCAACAAAAGCCCCAAAAGAGGGACCAACAAGAGCCUCACCCAAAGAUUCAGCCGUGGUCCCAAACAAAACCUCCCACAAAGACCCAGGCCAAACCUUUAUCUCGUUCUCAACCCAUUCCCCAACCACAACCUUCACCAAAUGGCCAGACUCAAUCCCCGCUUGAACCUCCUUCCAAGCCACAACCUCAACCUGGGCUUCAGUUUCAGACCAGGACCUACUCUGAACCCACCAAGGUCACCCCAAGGCAGGCAGUCUCUACGGCUCCUAGUCGACCAGAAGGGGGCAAGCCUCUACCAAGACCUGCCCUGGCUACAAAGAAGGCUGGUAGUUACAAUCAGGGUACUCGCAUCAUUAGACCAUCCAUUGCUGAAGUUCCUCGUUCUCCUAUUAGCUCUUCAGUCCCUCUAGCAGGAAGAAACACCACGCUGACCCGGACCCGUGUUCCUCCACAUUCUACUCGUAAUAGUGGCAGACCAGUUUCUCCAUCCAAGACAUUCACCUCCUCUCACAGCUCCAGCACACCUGGGGCCGAUGGGGUGCAUCAUAGGGGCAAUGCUCUUCCUAAACCUGUGGUGUGGUCCAGAGAGAAAACUGUCCCUGCAGUCCUGCGCCCCUCUAUUCCUGUCAACAAGAGACCCAACCUGGUGGGAAAACCUAGUGACCACGAUAAACCCAUGGACCUAAAACAAGGAGAAAAGGAGUCCAUCUUGAAGCCAUUCCCUCCAGUCACAGCCAAGCCCAAGCAAGAGCGCAGACAGCAGCAGACAACCACCUCUGCCCCGGCAGUAAACACAACCCGUUUUGACAUAAAUGAAAACUCCUCCAUAUUUCGGCCCUUGCCUGCGUCAGAGGUAGACGCCAUGGGCAAGAAGCGCUUUGUGGCUCCCCAUGUGAUCUACAAGACCGAUAAGAAGCCAUCCGAGCCGUGCUCCAUCACCUCCUCCCUCUCUUACUUCCCUGACGAGGAGGGAAUUGAUCAGAAUGUAACCGCUCCUCCCCGUAUACCUCCCUCCAACCUUACUGUGGUUACCGUGGAGGGCUGCCCAUCUUUUGUCAUUCUUGACUGGCAGAAAUCUGACAACGAAACCAGAGAGUAUGAAGUUGUAUCCACGACUAAAGGACCAAAUGGAGAGGAGGUGUCCGUACUGACCACCAACCAGACACACACAGCCGUGGAGAAUCUUAAGCCAGAGAGCAGUUAUGAAUUCACAGUAACACCAAAGAAUGAGCUGGGAACAGGACCAUCCAGUGAUCCUGUGUCUUUUAGCACAGAAUCAGCGGAUCCACGAGUGAGCGAACAUGUUUCAGGCAAAGAUGCCAUCUGGACUCAGUUUCCAUUCAAAUCCGAUGACUACUCUGAAUGCAACGGAAAGCAGUAUGUGAAAAGAACUUGGUACCGGAAAUUUGUCGGCAUUCAGCUCUGCAACUCCUUGAGAUACAAGAUUUACCUGAGUGACUCUCUGAAUGGGAAGUUUUACAACAUUGGAGAUCAGACGGGGCACGGUGAGGACCAUUGUCAGUUUGUAGACUCCUUUCUGGAUGGACGGACCGGCACCCAGAUGUUUGCUGACCAGCUACCAAGCAGGCCAGGAUUUUAUAGAGCGAUGAGACAGGAACCUGUCAACUUUGGAGAGAUUGGAGGGAAGUCACAUGUUACUUACGUAGGUUGGUACGAGUGUGGCACACCAAUCCCUGGAAAGUGGUAAGACCCCACAGGGCUGUCCAGGAAGGACAACUUUCUUGGUCGGGAGGAAGAAGAAGAUGUCUCACUAGGCCUAAAGGGAGGUUGGCCUUUCUUUCGUGUUACCAUGGACACUGUGCCAUAGCACACACCAUGGGUUUGUCUCUUUGAACUCAACCUAUUCUUCCAGGUAUGUAGGAUUAUUAGAUGUCCCAAAUUCUAUUGAGUGCAUUUGUACCAUUGGUCUCAAUUUCUCUAUUUAUCAAAAAUGCAUUCAGCAAAGAAAUGCAGGGGUUUGAGUGUUGAAUAUGCAGUAAUCACAGAGAAAAUGUUGGGAAGCUGGCUCCCAAAGUGUAAUAACUUGUAUGAUAUUAUUUAUCAAAGGGGAUUGCUAUUGAAUAUUCUGUGUGUGCUCGGGCUUUUGAGAUGAGAAAGCAAAACUCAUUCACAAUACUUUCAUUUCAAACACAAAUUGUGUCAUUUGUAUGCAGAAAGGUGCUAAUCGUACUUUCAUUGUAUGUAAAAUACAAGUACACACAGACAUGCAGAAUUGACCUUCUGCUAGCCCUAAGGGAUUAUUAGCAGUCGCGGUUUGCACAGUAUUAAACCUUUGUUUAUAUAUGUAUAUGGUGUGAAAUACAGUAUGUAUACCAGGGAUCAUAUAGUUUGAUACAUUUUAGGUACAAGAUAAAGCAGCUUUUAGCCAAAUUGUGGAUUUAUUAUAAGAAAAACAAAGCUUGAGUGUUUCUAUGGGGUCACUUGGAAAGAUUAAUGUAUUUUUAAUGCUUGUGCAGACUUGUCAUAUAUUUUAUGAAAUAAUAAAAUAUAUAUAAAAAUAAAAAAACUGAGCUUCAAUGUGGAAAUGACAUAAAUUAUGUUUUGGAUUUCAAACCUACAACAAAGUGUACAUAAAGCUAUAAAUCAUUAGAAAGAAAUUGUUAGGUUUCUUCCAUAUCUGUCAUGACUACGGUUGUCUUUGGUACACCAUGUAUGUUUUCAGCAAUAAAUUGUUUUUAUAUUUACUGAUA